AUGCGUGCUGGCAACAUCUUUGUGGCGGAUCUCGCGGAGGCCAAUCUGCUGCACAGGGUUAACAAGAUACGUGUUUCCAUCUACGGCAGUUUAGCUCUUACGGGUGAGGGCCACAUGACGCCGUCGGCCUUGCUACUGGGUCUGGAGAGUGCUGACGUCGAGAGCGUCGACACGUCAUACGUGCCCAAGCGUUUUGCUGAGAUUAAAACCGGGAAGAGGCUUUUCCUCGGCCGUGGCCUUCCAGCUGGCAAGGGCAAAGAGGUGGCCUUUGAUUAUGAGCGCGAUUUUGUCUGGGAAUGGGGGAGAAAGCUGCCCGUACACAGCAAUGGCAUGCGCCUAACCGUGUUUGAUGAGGAAGGCGACAUGUUAGCAACCAACGAUCUGUUUAGUGUUGGUGGCGGCUUUGUCGUCAACGGCGCGCUUUCUAUUAAUCCAGCUUCCAGCCCAGAUUCGCAGGCUCCGCCCAAUGGCCCCUCAGAAAACACACAGGAUUUGAUGAUCCGGGAUUCAGGACAGCAUCCAGCUGAUCUAUCAGAGAACAUGUAUUACAAGGAGAUCCGGCGAGCGGAUGCAGCGGGAGAUCGGAAAACAGGAGCAGAGAUCAAAGCCCCGGACGACGCCGCUGCGAAUCCUACUAACCUGCCUGAGAUUGUGACAGAGUCUAGGUCAACCGCCUUGUCGCCCGCGGCGGCCGGGACGACAGGUGUUAGCCCUGAUUCCGGCGACAGUACCGCGUCCCAUCAGCCCCGUUACCCCUUCCGCAAUGCUGCCAGCUUGUUACAUUUAUGCCACAAACAUAACCUGACCAUUGCGCAGCUGGUCUUUGAGAACGAAAAGAGCCACGGGUAUUCAGACGAGGACAUAUAUCAAAAGGUCUUUCGGAUUUGGCGGGUCAUGGACGACAGCAUCCUCGAAGGUGUCCAGGCACCGCAAGACUCCACCUUGCCAGGGUCGUUGAAGCUGCAUCGACGAGCUCCAGCAUUGUACCAGCGGCUUACGAGGGGGCUUUAUCCUUCCCACACGCAAGGUGCCCGAGGAGUCGGAAGUCAGGAACAACCUCCCCAAAAGAGGAGCAAUAAAUCCCUGCCUGAAUCGAAACCUACAGCAGUGACUCGGGUACCGACCGGCGUGGGAAGGCGACAGCCGCUCCGCGUUCAUGGGUCCCUGGAGCAUCCCAUUCCUCCGUCACCCCUGCGCCGCACCACUUUCCCGGCCAUGGACUACUUGACUGUGUACGCUAUAGCCGUCAAUGAGACCAACGCUGCUGGUGGACGGAUCGUGACAGCUCCUACGAACGGGGCCGCGGGCAUUAUCCCCGCUGUGCUGAAGUACACGAUCGAAUUCGUUAGCGACGAUGCGGAACGUGAUGUGAUGACCUUCUUACUGACGGCCGCUGCCAUCGGCAUGUUGUACAAGCGUGGCGCUACCAUCUCCGCAGCCGAGGGCGGGUGCAUGGCAGAAGUAGGUGUUGCUUGCUCCAUGGCUGCUGGCGCAUUUGCAGCGUGCAUGGGGGCCAGUCCAGAGGCUAUUGAACAGGCGGCCGAGAUCGGUAUCGAGCACAACCUAGGUCUCACGUGCGACCCUAUUGGCGGUCUGGUCCAGGCACCUUGCAUAGAGCGGAACGCUCUGGGUGCCAUCAAGGCCAUCUCGAGUGCCAACCUGGCGCUCAGCAGCGAAACAGGCACGCAAAAAGUGAGACUCGACGAUGCCAUCCGGGCUAUGCGCCUGACUGCCAAGGGAAUGAGGAAUGAAUUCAAGGAGACGAGUUUGAGUGGAUUGGCAACGAGCGUGCCGCUUCAUAUCCCAGUCAGUGUGCCUGACUGCUAA